CUUUGUGGCAACAAUGUUCUGGAUCCUGAGGCGUACCGGCGCGGUCAACUUGUUCAACUCCAUCAACGGUAACGCAGCCAAAACGGGGUCCAACAACAGUAGCCACAACUCGGAAAGGAGUAAUCCUCGCCCGCCACGUAAAGCUUACGGACGGCUGAGCGGUGAAUCCGAUGACGUGCAGUCGCUCCAGAGAUCCGCGCGGUACGAUGUGACGGCUGCUGCCCCAUCGGCCCAGGGCUACGGUGGCACACUGAUAGACCUCGAGGGCAACACGGCAACCGGACCGUCCAGCACGUCCACCGGGUACGCGUGUGAGGAGCAGCUGAACGGGAACGGGCCCUGCUGCAACGGGUACGGCUACAUCAACCACAACCAUAACAGCAACAUCAUCAACAACAAUCACGAACCUAACAAUCAAACGUCCGGUGCUCCCGGCUGGCUGCCGGCCGCCGGACCUACCCAACCACACGGACCGGCCGGACCGUGCAUGCCGACCGGCGGCAUGAUAAAUGGCGACGGCACGUUCGACGACACGGACGACGACGAAGACGUCAACCGGAACCACUCGAACUAUAACGAAACCGACUCGGAGCUGGAACUGGACGGCAAGAUCAAGGAGCAGCGGCUGGAGGAGCAGGCACUCGCACGGCUGCACGCGAUUGCACUGUCGGACGACGAUGACUACGAUGAGUCGCUGACCUGCAAUGUGUGCGAUCGGGCAUUCCGGUGCCGCCGUCAGCUGGCGUCCCAUCAGCAGAAGAAGCGCCACUUUGGGUGCAGUGGUUGCGACAGCUUGUUCUCGUCGCUGAUGCUGCUGGAGCAUCACAAGGAAGAGUUCGAGCACUGGAGCGAUUAUGAGGACGAUAGACGGUUGCCAUGUUGCAGGCGUAACCGGCGGGACGAGGACGACUACACCGACACAGAAUCCGGCACCAGCGAUGCAGAGAGCGAAGACCUCGAACGAUUGCUUUAA